UCUUCUCUCAAUUAUUUCAAUUUAAUCAAUGUUAUCAUUAUUCGAACGUGCCUGCAUUAGCAAUAUUCUUGGUAAAUGCGUCAAUCGAUUUGGAUAUGUAUAUUUUAGAUUUGGAAAUUUCAUUUUAAAAAAUAAAAAAUGAUGAUUUUUGAUUUUACAUAAGACUGGAUAAUAUUUUAUGAUGUUAAUUAUGGAAGGAAAGUUUCAAGUUGUCAUCGUUUAUGUCACGGUUGUCCUGCACAGUAUAGCAUAUUGUAACGGAACUCCAUGCAACGACGUCAAUCUAGCAUCGGGAAAUGUCCGCCAAAACGGAAUUUAUUCUAUAGAUAACGGAAAUGGAGGUUAUGUAAAGAUAUUUUGCCAGUUUUAUGAAGGUUUUGGAUAUUCAUUUGUCUCCAAUAAAACAAAUGAACAUAUAAAUAUGUCUAUGUUAAUGGAUGAUACAAGUCACGUGAUUGUACGUCAUAAACGCAUUGACGGUAAACAAUAUACUGCUACAAUAAGACAACUUGAUAGUUUCUCUCAUAUUCCAGUUACUGUUCAGUUUAACUCCCAUGAUGGUUACAGUUCACCCUCAAAUACCGCUCUGUCGCCCUACAUCUAUGUUGGUUUCAUAUCAAUAUCAAACACAAAGAGGGGCGAUACUAAUGGUUGGAUUAUAAAUAACGAUAGUCUUACAUUUAGCAACUGUGAUGGUAAUCCACAUAGUUAUUUUACAUUUCUAUUUAAUCACAAUGAUGUGGGUUAUACUAGACCAUCCAGUAGUUACAAUUCUCUGAUGUUUUCAUGGUACACUCUAGCUUCACAAGUAAGCUACGACGAAACUUUGCCGGAUGAAUUCUUCACGUCAUUCCUAGAGAUACACCAUGGCGGAUGUGGUGGAUAUAGUACAGCUAGCGGUGUACCGGACGUCACUGGUGCCGCUGUGGGAGUGAAAUUCUUAAUUACUUGUGAAAUUCCUGCGGACAUAAGUAAUGGAAAUAAAUCUUACGUCAAUACAAACAUUGGAAGUAAUGUUGUGUAUACUUGUCACGUGGGCUACUUUUUAGUGGCGGGAAACUUGACUCGCACGUGCACAAUAAAUGGAAGAUGGUCUGGUAAAUCUCCUUCAUGCAAAGAACUUGAGAAUAUGGCUCUUGGUAAACCAGCAUAUCAAAUAGAUACAUAUUGUUGUGAAGGGAACGGUGCCGAGUUGGCAGUUGAUGGGGGCUUGUCUCAGUACUGGGGUGACGGUUCCUGUUCACUGACACAAUCUGCAGCAGAUGUAUAUUGGGAAGUUGACCUGGGAAAUAUUUACAUUAUUAACCACGUGACAAUUCUAUCUAGACUCGACCAGUGUUGUGAUCGAAAUUUAAGACUUGUACAAUUGUACAUGGGUACAUCAAAGGCAUUCUACAAGCUUGUGAGUUACUAUUCUGGUGAUAUAAAUGGCACAUAUACAUUCUAUAUGGAUCAUACAACACAUGCUCGUUGGAUAAAGAUAACUCGUGAAUCAAGUGUACAAGAACAGUUAUCUUUGUGUGAAGUUCAAGUGAUGGGAUACAGGCAUGAUCAAUUGAUGUACAAGCAGAGAACAGAUAUGAUUGGAACAGGAAAUGUGCUUAUCGUGACAUCAUCAAUGUCCCAUAUGGAUUGUUGUCGGAAAUGUUUCCGUUAUCCUGGGUGUCUUGGUGUAAACCUUCAUCUAGAUACGUUACUGUGUUAUCUUCUCGACUCCUGGUUAUCAGCUUCUAGCGAAGAUUCAAACAUUGUGUUCUUUACGGCAAACUAUAUCAUUGAAUGAAUAACUGCCAGUCAAGUAGUUUAAUAUGUGUAUCUACUUGCAAGUUGAUUAUGAGAAGUGCAGUGAUUUCAUUUAUAGUAGAUAUUUGAAAAUUAGUAUUGCAUUUAACUUACACAAGAUAUCUCGGAUUCUUUCACGAUUUUAUUUUUUACAUAAUAGAUUUAACUUUACCUAGAAUUAGAAUUUUUCAAUGAUUAAAUAAUAUCCUUAUGAUAAAUGAAUCAUAUAUUGUUGGCAAUGAAAAAGAUCACAAAAUUUAUUUUAGUUUCAUAACUAUACCAAUUCGUAGUUUAUCUUUCUAUUUUUAUGCUAAACUGCUUUCAUAAAUCUUUACAAACACUUACCAAACUCAUGUUAUAUAACUUUUAAAAUGUAAGAAAAUAACUGUGUGUAGUAUACAAACAACAUGCAACCGUUUUGUUUGAUACCUUUGUAAACUUAAAAACAUCACCUUUAUUUUUAAGUUUUCAAUAAUUUCCAUAUGUGUGACAUCAUAAUCCCUAACACUAAUGCCAUUUCUGUAAAGUUUUAACACAACCUUAUCGAUAAGAUGUUUUGUAAUCUUGGAUACCAACAUUUUUGUGCUCAUAUUCUUACAGAGGAUAAAUAUAAUUCCAGUAUAUAAAAUUGAAGGCCUAUUAAACCUAAAAUCCUGCUAUAUGUAAUGUUAUUAUUCAAACGUUUUCUAUUUUGGUUAAGGCUAUAAAUACGGUUGAUAUAAAGUGAUUCAUUGUUUUGUAUUGGAGUUAAAAUAUCUUUUGUUUAAACGUUUCUCCUUUUAUAGCAAAAUCAGUUGUACUUUAUUGUGUUCCGUCAAUCAUCUGUCAUUGAUUUUGUUUUGACAUCAGCUGUCCUUUAUUGUAUUCCGUCAUCAGCUUUCCUUUAUUAUAUUCCGUC